AUGGCGACUUUAGUAUCAACCCCAAUCAAGUCCCAUGCCGGACUCUUUUCCACACGCACCGCUGGCGGGCGUAUGCCCUUGACUCCUUCUCCACGCACCAGAGCAGCAGCAGUUUCGAAUAACCAGAAGUCCUCUCCGUUCACGCCCGAGAGAAAGGCACUGGACAACGGCAAUGUCAAGGUAGCAUCGAAGUCAGUCUACGGCGGAAACUUGUCAUCGCACUUCUCGAAGUCCUCCAGAACCACCCACCGCGAUUCUCCAAAAUCCAACAUUGCCAAGGGUGCAAAAACACCUCGCCGUGCUCUAGAGCUCGGUGUUUCUGACUUUGCACUUACUGGUACUGGAUGCAAGACUCCUGUUAGUAGCCGGUCACGAAAGGCACCUCUUCGUCAGCAGUCUACCAAAACCACGUUAUCUUUCGGUGACAGGUUCAUCCCCAAUAGGGCUGCUAGCUCAGCUAUUGCCACUGUUGGGUCCGGAAAGCUUGACGUUGGUGAUAAGCAACGACCAAAGACAAGCGGAGGAGAGAGUUCAUCAGCUCUGGCUUCGGCUGCCGACGAUGCACUGGCGGCUCUUGGGUCCUUGUCGUUGAAUGACGAUGAGCCAUCCACCUACUCUAGGCCUUCACCCAACACCGUUGCGUACCAAGAUUCAUUGGCUUCAGCUUGCGGAGUGUCCCUCAAUCAACGGAUCCUUGCUUUCAAGCCAGCUCCCCCAGAGUCAUCCAAACCAGUGGAUCUUCGAUCUCAAUACAACCGGCCCCUGAAGAAUGCCAAUGCCGCCUCGGCCCAAUUCAGACGCCGCGUUGCCACCGCCCCCGAGCGAGUUCUGGAUGCACCUGGACUCGUCGAUGAUUACUACCUCAACCUCCUCGAUUGGUCAUCUGGGAAUCAAGUUGCUAUCGGACUUGAACGCAAUGUUUACGUCUGGUCAGCCGAAUCUGGAACUGUCAGCUCGCUUCUGGAGACAAGCCCAGACACCUACGUCAGCAGUGUGAAGUGGUCCGGCGAUGGAGCCUAUGUCAGUGUUGGCCUGGGAACAGGAGAGGUCCAAAUUUGGGACGUUGAGGAUGGCACCAAGCUUCGAAGCAUGCAUGGCCAUGACUCUCGUGUUGGUGUCAUGGGCUGGAACAAGCAUACUCUCUCCACCGGUGCACGAUCAGGUCUUGUCUUUAACCAUGAUGUUAGAAUCGCUCAGCAUAAGGUCGCUGAGCUCGUUUCACACACUUCUGAGGUGUGCGGUCUCGAAUGGCGGGCUGAUGGUGCUCAACUUGCCACUGGUGGCAACGACAAUCUCGUUUCCAUUUGGGAUGCCAGAUCCUUGGCCGUUCCAAAGUUUACCAAGACCAACCACAAGGCUGCCGUCAAGGCUCUUAGCUGGUGCCCAUGGCAGCCAAACGUGCUUGCUACUGGUGGUGGAUCAUACGACCGUCACAUCCACUUCUGGAAUACUACAACUGGAGCGCGUGUCAACAGCAUUGAUACCGGAUCCCAGGUCACCAGCCUUCGGUGGUCGCCCCAUUACCGCGAGAUCGUGAGCACCAGUGGUUUCCCCGACAACUCCAUCUCCAUCUGGAGCUAUCCUACCUUGGUCCGCAACGUCGAGAUUCCUGCACAUGAGACCAGAGUGCUUCACAGCUGCCUGAGCCCAGACGGACAGAUGCUUGCAACAGCCGCGGCCGAUGAAAGCUUGAAGUUCUGGAAGGUGUUCGAGAAAAAGGCUGGAUCUGCCUCCUCGGCAAGCGUUGCAGGUAGACAAAUAUCGUCGAGUGAAAGUGUAGAUGGGACAAAGAACCCAGACGAUGGCACUGAAUUAUUAUCACGGAGGCGGCUCCACGGCGAUCUGGCGGAGGUGGAGCGAGGCUGGCCACCGAUACGCAUGACUAAGCAAGCGAAGAAUCCAUCGCCCUACAUCUCGACGAAGUCACCUCGCUCUUACAACUCCACCAGCCAAGGACGACAAACGUCCAACUUCCCCUGCGCAAUCCAGAUAAAAGUCACAUCGCCCGUUGCAGCAGAUAGCCCAGGGUUGAGAGAGCAAGACGAGACAUUGCAUUUCCCUAAGCCUAUCGCCGCGCCCGUCCAGAGCAUCGGCCUGGAGUCGGAGAGAUCGCCCGGUCCAAAACGCCCAAUCCCCCCGCGACAUACCUAUCUCACCAUCCGCUACGAAGAUCGUUUGCGACAAUCUGACAGGAUGUCGAACACGCAAGUCGGAAACGUGUACCAGCAGAUCAUCGCAGAUGUAAUCGAGAGCUCGAGAGUCGAUGUCGAGGAGGGUGGCGUCGAGGAGAACGUGCUGGAGGAGUUGCGCCAGGUAUGGCAGCAGAAACUGUCCUCGCUGAAGGUUGCUACCUUCCCCUGGGACCCGAAGCCCGAGCCAGCACCAGCCAUCAGCAACCCCCCCACCGUGCCUUCCAACGCCAGUAGUUAUGCUAUGAGCACUCCACCACCCCCAACCACCCAGGCCCCGCUUGGUAUGCCUCAGGUUCCGGCCAUGAAUAAUAAUGCCAAUGGAACCCGCAUCAAGACUGAGCCUGGCUUGGAAGGCCAACCCGGCAUGGCCCAAAACCCCUACCAAAACCCCGUUCUCUCCAUGCCCAAUGCCACCACGGCCCAACAAAGGGCGGCACAGCAUCUGCAAAACAAUUAUGGACCGCGAGCGGCGGCAUCCAUCAAUGCCAUUCAAGCUGGGGCGGCUCAGCAACCACAGAAUCCCCAACCAAAUAUGCAACAGAUGCAACAGAUGCAGCAGCAACACCAAGCGAUGCAGCAGCAGCAGCAGCAGCAGCAGCAGUCGUUGCAACCGCAGCAAGUGCAGCAGAUGCAACAACAGCAACAACAGCAACGCGCGGGCCAAAUACCCAGCCAGAGACCACCGCAAACCACAGAGCAGUAUAGGCAGGCAAUGGUCGCCCAGGCCGCUCAAGCUCAACAGCGACUGCAAAAUCCUCAGAAUCAGAAUGGCGUUAACCCGUCUCAAACUGACGGCGCUGGUGAUGAGAUGGAAGAAUCCAAUGGCCUUAUCAAGCAGUUUAACGCAGAUGGCGAAGAAGUUGCAUUAGGCAGAGUUGAUAUUGAUGGCUUGAUUCGCCAAAAGAUCGAGGCCAUGGGCCAGAGAAUGGAGGGUGGCGGCUUGAUGCUUCCGUUGCAUAAAGCAUCCACUCCCUCGACACGUCAACGCAAGGUCAAGAAGUCGGCAUCUGGAACGGUACCACAACAAGAUGGGCCCGGGGAUGACGACGAGGCUAAGGAUAACGUCAAGGAUGAAGAUUUUGACGAGGAUGCAAUUAAUUCCGAUCUGGAUGAUCCCGAUGAUGGACUCAAUGACGAUGAAGAUGAUGAGGAAGGCAUGGGUCAUAUCAUGCUUUGCAUGUACGAUAAGGUACAGAGGGUUAAAAACAAGUGGAAGUGCGUUAUGAAGGACGGCGUGCUCACCGUUAAUGGGAAGGAGUACGUCUUUCACAAAGCUCAGGGCGGGAAGGCUUCCCCGGACCUCGCAGACGCGUAUCUCCAUGUCGCCAACUCUCUAGUCACUGAAAAUAAAGACAUCUCACAUCAAACUCCCCAUCAGAAGCUGUGCCUCUAA